UUCCAAAGUUAAAUAAACAGGCCGGGAUUGAGGCUUCAAGACAUUUUAAAAUUGUUCGUGGCCUGGUCAACACCAUUUUUAGGCUAGCAUCAUGGCCGCUCCGGAAAGCAGCUGUCGCCGCUGGCUGCAAAAGAACUUUGUCGAAGGUCCUUGUCGGAACUGCUUUGAGCCCUCCGGUGGACCCUGCAUGGAUUACAGGGUCUCUUCGCCUCCGACGAGUAUGGUAGAGCCGCAAGCGAACAUCAUUCAGGCCACCAUCGAGCCGGAAGGACCUGUUCGUCAGCAGAUCGACAUCCGGGCGGAGUGCAGCAAGGGGCGGCCGCUUCUUGAGUCAGACAAAGACGAGAUGUGCUGCACUAUGUGCGUGGCCCAGGAGCAGAAUCUUCACCCCAAUCUUUGCUCGGCGGCAUGCAGGCCACUUCAAACCUCCUUGCACUUGGAUGAGUGGACCAAGAGACCCCGGCCCAAGCCGACUUACAAGCAUGCGGUUAUUCUGGACAAUAACACCAUGGCAGGGCGUUGUUUUCCAAUCAAAUUCCAGCUAAAACGUCUGAAGAACAAGUGCCUGGACUGCGGCAAGGAGCUUUAUUUCCAGUAUCCCAUUGCCAACAACACUGACGUCCUGCUCAUGCAGAACUGUUGUGAUGUGGAGGUGUAUCCCGCCAAGAAGGUGGACGGGUUGAACAACGUCAAGGUGGCCAAGAUAACGGGGGCAAAGAAGAUAUCCAAUAGUGUCCUGAAGGAGCGUUCCGAGUGCCGCAUGUUCAAAUUGCCCAUCGUGCAACCUGAGCUAGAAAUUCUGGCUUCCUUAAACCCGGAGCCAGGCCCGGUUGCCAAAAAAGGGAAAAAAGGAAAGGGCAACAAAGGCAAGAAAAAAUAAACAAAUAAUUAAAGGCUUUGUUUUC